AUGUGUACAGUUUACAACAACGCAGAACUGAGAUACUUUAGGUUGGCCAAAGGUGUAAUAGAUUACUCAACUUGUGCGUUGAGAAAAGUUUUUAAAGAAGAAUGGAAUUAUCUUUAUCCUUCUACGCCAUGGCAAAAUGACGGAACGAGCGUUUCCCAGUUGCUCGAUGAAGAAAAAGUACAACUGAGAGCGAGAAAUUCUCGACUGUACGAUCCAGCAUUUUCCAGCGGAUACCAUCAAGCCGUAAGAGAUCAACUGUCGUGUGGCAACGUCGAGGAAUGGGACGUAACAGCGCUGGUUUUUGCGUUGUGUCACUCUCAAGCUUUACGCGGAAUACGUUGUGGUUCUCGCUGGAGAUUACUAAACGACGCCAUUCAUGAUAUAAAGGAGGUUAGAAACACGGUGCUUUCACAUGCUCCUAAAGCAUCGAUUUCUCGGCGAAAGUUUAGGAGAAACUUCGAUAUCGUGGUCCAAGCUGUGGAACACUUGCUGACUAGCUCAGAUCCCUUGGUUGAAAAACUGAAGAAGUUGCGGAGCGAGACAGAAUUCGUAACGGAAGAUCUCGAGAGGUAUCUACUUGUGCUUGAAAAACAUCUUGAAAGAUUAGAAUAUAAAUUCAACAUAUCUGCAACAAAAAGCGAAACAGCAGAAGAUCACCUGUCACACUCUGAAAACAGCAAAAUCCUUGCAAAAUUUUGUCUUCGAAUGGAAAGGCUAGAAAGGGAAUUUUCAAGCCCUGUUGACUUGGCGCCUGCACGCACGAAACCGGCGAUUUUCCGGAGCGCUAGAUACAUUCGUCUGAUCAACGAAUCCAGCUCCAUGUUUUACAAUUUUCGUUGGGAAGGACUAGACACAUUUCUCCGAAGUUUCAAUGACGAUGAAGAUAUGCAACUGGUUGCUAGUAUUCAAGCUGCCCUUUCACUCAGUCAUCAGUCGAGAAAGGAUGAGAGUUUAGAAAUGCUGAAUGGGCUUAUUCCAAAAGCUUUAACUGCGAAACAUGGGUAAGUUAAAUCAAAGCAGUUUCUUAGAUAUUAUAAAGAAACUUGUAAAUAUGAAUGUGCCCAAGCAACAGUAGAAUGAGAGACAGUUUGAAGCGAAUUUGUUAGCCUGCGUAGCUGGCAGAGAAACGCUGUCGCUUUUUGGCGGCAGAGCCGCGAAAAGUUUGGGAGCUUCGCCGCUCGCGAAAACCGCUCGAGAUUCCGCCAUCAAGAAAAUAACCCGUGCAUAGAGAAAAUACACCAGCUACGCAGGCUACGAAUUUUUGAGAGUUUUCAUGUCAGAGCCCAAGAAUCAAUAUUUUAGGCCGAUAGCCCUAACGUCGGAACGGUUUCUGUCCACUUUGUUUUACUGAAAGUUGGUUGAUGUUAGGAAAAACACUAGGAUGUCUACACUACUCCUUACGAUUUUGCGACUACCGCCUCACGAAAUUGUGACAAAGCUCGUGAUUUCCAUAAAGCAUGGCAUUUUGAUUUUCCGAAGUCAAUCACCGUGGAGGUUUUGACAGAUGGACGUCUUACCUUCAAAAAGACAACUACGACAACUUAAAAUCAUCUCGAAAUAUGUUUGCCCUCAUCAUUUCACUUUAAAGUUGAAAGAGUAAUUUGUUUGAAAUAUUAAGAAACACUAAAACCCCCGUUUUUAUCGUUUUGACAUUUACUUAAUUUCUUUUCUUUUAAAUGCUUGCAGAGUUGUACUACACGCCCGAAUAAAGAUUAACAAAGCGUAUGUUUUACACGAUCGAGGUAAAGAUGAUGAAGCCAUGAAAGAGGCAGAUGAGGCAGAAAUUAUGCUAAGCCUUGGAGAGUGUCAUGAGGACAUUGCUGAAGUUAACUACGCAAAAGCCAAUAUCAUUCUAUCCUCAGGGAAAAACAGUAAAGAGGAUCGCGAACGCAUUUUACAUCACUUGGAUAAAUGUUUCCAUUUCUGUGAAGAAGCUACUGUCAAUAAAAGUAUGACAGUUGUUCAAGCCAAGAUUCGCAAGGCACUUUUUCAUUUAGGCUAUUACCAGCAUGACAUCUUAGAAGAGGAGCCAAGCUCAUUAGAUGUCAGUAUUGCAGAGAAUAUUUUCAACGGCAUUGCGAAGCAGUCUGAGCCAAUUGCAGAAAGAAGCAAAGUAUACCUCAUGUACGGUCAAUCAUUGCUGGCCUAUCGGCAAGGUGACAUAAGGAUGGCAAGAGAACUUGAGAGUAAAGUUAGAAAAAAAUGUGAGCGACAUCUGCUGGGCUUCGAGAUCCAACAACUUGAUAAUCUGAAAGCCUUGGUGCAAGGAAAAGCAAAAUAAGAGUGGUAGAAUUGAGUCGCUUUCUUGUGCAACUACUGACCUGUAACAGUUCUUCCUGUAUUUAACAACAUUUUUGGAAGACUCUUAGCCUUUCAGAUUGAUGACUUCUAUCGAGCAAUCUUGUCGGACUUUGUUAGCUCUUACUGGAGGUAUUAUAGCUGCUAAUCAUCCUUGCUAAGAAUGAACGAAGACUGGAGGAGGAUGCCGGACAGAGGGGAGCUGGUUGCAAUGGUCUCCAUGGAUUUAUCCAAGGCGUUUGAUGUCAUCCGACCUCCAUUACUUCUUGCCAAGCUCAAGGCCUAUAUAUGGCGUAGACGUGGAAAGCUGUGCCCUUCUUAAAGAUUGCCUAUCAGACAGGUCUCAGUUGGUGAAGGUUGGGGACACAUUCUCUAGCUGGGAAAGUGUUAAACAAGGAAUUCCAAAGGGUAGCGUUUUGGGAUCCCUACUGAUCAUUAUUUUAUAAAUGAUCUGUUUUUCCAUGUUACGCAAACUAAAUUAAACGCUUACGCCGAUGAUCAUCAGAUCAACCACUCUGAUGUGGACCCACUUGUUCUAGAUAGGUACAUUUGUAAUGACGUCCAAAUGGCAAACUAAUGGUACAGCCAAAAACUGCAUGAUCGUGAACGCAAAGAAACACCAAGCAUUAAUUAUUGGUCAAACUGACCGCAAAUUCUAUUUUUCCAGUGAAAUAAGAGUUAGAGAUUUUCGGAAUGACUAUAGAUAAUAGACUUAAUCUUGACAGCCACAUAUCUACUGUUUGUAAUAAAAUUAAUAGUAAAUUUAAUGUAAUGUUACGGUUCCGCAAUAUCAGCAAUGGAACGAUCUUCCCGACGAACUAAGGAACUGUACUUAUAAUGAUUUUAAGCGACGUAUGCAAAGUCUCCAUACGUUUGAAUAGUUUUCCCUAAUUUUUGUCUUAUUUUUUUGUGUAUUUUUUUUUUCAGUUUUUGGGAUCUUAAUCUGUUUCCCGAAGAUAUUAGGUAUAGUGUAACAACUCUAAAAUUCGAGUUAAAAUAAAGGUCCUUAGUUUACGUUGGUAACUCCUAACAGCACUUCAAUUGACAAACCUGAGGCCGGCUGCUCUGGGGACCUUUUUUGAAAACCUCGUUUUUGUGUGAACGGAAUGCUAAAACGGAGAAAAAUAAUCUCUGUUCAAAAUUAUCCGCAAACGUACGCGUUGGACAGGGCUGUCAGAGUGAGAAAACUUUAUUGUGUGUACAAGUUUGAGUUUUGAAUGGAACACAGCACUAGAUUAUUUUAUCAAUAAAAUGGCUGUAUUCUUACAUGCGUAAUGUCCCGGCUGCUGGGAACACGAGUGCUAAUUACAAUGUAAAAUCCAUCCGCCAAUUUAGAAAUCAGAAAUCAAUGCGAUGAAAUUAAACGAUCAUCUUCGUCGGUAAGAGGCAAACCGCAAAAUGGAAACUUGAAAAGUUGUUAUUGCGAGCCAUAAAAUGAUUGUGUUUCCGUAAAAAGCUAUAUGUAUAUAGUCUUACUAGUUACGUUUUCAAUGUAUCGCCUUUCAAUGAACAUAUGUCUUAGACAGACGAGAUUUAAUCACGUGCUUUCAGUGAAGUUGAACUGACGGAAGUUUCACGCGGAGGUAAAUUGAAAAUCGAAAGUGGGAAAUUCCCUUACUGCUUUGCAUCUAUUUGUUUGUCCGACAAAGAAAACCAUGAAAUUGUUUUUCGGUUACCUUGUGCCACAUGCGACCCACACGUUAUAAAAUUUUUUGAGGGCAGAGUAUAUUGUUUCCUUUGAAAAUGUGCGCAGUUUACAGCAGUGCAGAACUGAGAUAUUUUAGAUUGGCCAAAGGUGUAAUAGAUCACUCGACCUGUGCGUUGAGAAAAGCUUUUAAACGAGAAUGGAAUUAUCUUUACCCUUCUACGCCGUGGCAAAAUGACGGAACAAGUGGUUUACAGAUGCUUACGGAAGAAGGACUACCAUCGCGAUAUUCCCGUCUGUUCGAUCCAGUUUUUUCGAAAGAGUACCAGCCUAUAAAAGAUCAUUUGAGGCUUGGAGACCUAGAGGAAUGGGACGUCACAACGUUGGUCUUCGCUUUGUUCUACUCUCACGCUUUAAGCGGAGUACGUUCUGGUUAUCAUUGGAGAAAAGUUAAAAACGCCAUCCAUGAAAUAAAGGAAGUUCGAAACACGGUGCUUUCACACGCUUCUAAAGCGUGUAUUUCUCGGAGAACGUUUACGGCAAACUUCGAUAUUUUGAUACAAGCUGUGGAAGAUUUGCUUACAAGGUCAGAUCGUUUGGUUAAAAAACUGAAGACGUUGCGAACCGAGACAGAAUUCGUAACAGAAGAUCUCGUGAGGUACAAAGAAUUGCUACAUCAAGAUCACGACGGUCUUCUUGUUCUUGAAAGACAUCUUGAAAGACUGGAAUACAAAAUGAACAUAUCGGCGCCCAAAACAAAAGAAGAUGAUAUGUCAAGUUCUGAAGCUUCCGAAAACAGUAAAAUCAUUUCAAAGUGUUGUCGUCGAAUGGACAAGCUGGAACGUGAACUUUCAAGCCCUCAUGUUGACCUAUCGCCAUCUCGCUCUAAACCAGCAAUUUUCCACAGCGCUAGAUAUAUUCGGCUGAUCAACGAAUCCAGUUCUAUGUCUUACAAUUUUCGUUGGAAAGAACUUGACAAGUUUCUUCAGGGCUUUAACGAUGAUGUAGAUAUGGAGAUGUUUGCUGGUAUUCAGUUAGCUGUAGCGCUUAGUCAUCAAUCGAAAAAGGAUGAAUGUUUAGAAGUUCUAAAUGGACUGAUUCCAAAGGCCCUUUUGGCGAAUAAAUAUGGGUGAAUCCAAUUAUCGCCUGCCUACAUAAGUAUGGCACAGCUUAAUUUUCGGAUGUUAUGAGUCAGAAAUUGUCAAACUCAAAUCUUUGUACAUUUUACCAAGAACCCAAAGUUUACAACCGAUUUUUGACUUGCAAUUUACAUAAGCAUAGAUCAUAUGCUGAUUGCUCAUGCAUUACGACCUUUUUGUUAUUUGAACAACAAAUAUAAGCGAAAACUUCACGGGAAAAUAAGUCACGCCACAUAUCACGCGAUGACUGUUUUCAGUUUGAGUUCGUACCGAACGGUUUCAGUCUUAUCGAGGAUCAAUUGACUUUGUUUUGAAAAAGGAAGUAUUUAUUUUUGAAAAUGAAAGCAUAUAGGUAUUAAAAUAAUAUCUUUCGCGCUUUAUUUUCGUUUCCGAUACAAGUCGUUUCGACAUUGCACGACAAUUUCGAUCACUUAAAGUAUAGUUAGCGUGUGAACAAGAACGAGUGACUUUGUUUAAUGAUACACUUGUUGCGUUAUUUCUUCAUAUCGUCAUUAGCUUUUCUUUUGAAUGCUUGCAGAGUUGUACUAUAUGCCCGAAUAAAGAUUCGCAAAGCAUAUAUUUUACAUGAUCGUGGUAAAGAUGAUGAAGCCAUGAAAGAAGCAGAUGAGGCAGAAAUGAUGCUGAGUCUUGGAGACUGUCAUGAGGACAUUGCUGAAGUUAACUAUGCCAAAGCCAACAUCAUUUUGUCGUCAGGGAAAAACAGUAAAGAGGACCGUGAACGCAUUUUACAUCACUUGAAUAAAUGCAUUGAUUUCUGUGAAGAAGCUACUGUCGAUAAAAGUGUUACAAUUGUUCAAGCCAAGAUUCGCAAGGCACUUUUUCAUUUAGGUUUUUACCAACAUGGCAUCUUAGAAGAGGAGCCCAGCUCAUCAGAUGUCAGUAUUGCAGAGACUAUUUUCAACCGCAUUGCUGACCAAUCUGAGCCAAUUGCAGAAAGAAGCAAAGUAUACUUCACGUACGGUCAAUCAUUGCUUGCUUAUUGGAAGGGUGACACGAACUUGGCAACAAAGUUAGAGAACAAAGUUCGACGAAAAUGUGAUCAACAUAAAAUGUGCUAUGAGAUUCAACAGCUCGAUAUGUUGAGAACUUUGCUACGGGGCUCAGUUUAA